AUGGAUUUGAGUACCAUCCUGUCGCAGCUGGAGUCGAACAACGAGCAGGAAAUCGAGGAGCUUCUGCGUCAGUACAACCGAGAGAACACUCUCAUCUUCACUUUUGACCCAGAGGAAGAAGCCCUGCGGAGCAAGCUGUGUCAGAGUGUGCUGUCAGUACUGGGGAGGCAGGUGCAGCCCAGCUGUCAGAAGACAUGUCUGGAGUCCCUCCGCAUCCUGUCCAGAGACAAGCGCGUCCUCGGACCCGUAGCCACCAGGGAAGGCAUGCUGACUCUGGGGGGGCUGGCGAGGCUGUGUGCAGGAGAGGAAGGAGGUGACAACCAGAUAAGCUCACAGGAAGAUUCUUCCUUCUCUUCAGAGGAGGAGGAGAGGGUGGUGGUGGAGGCCUUGAAGUGCCUGAGCAACGUGAUUCUUAACAGUCCUGCAGCUCAGCAGGUUAGUGUAGAUGUGCAGCUGGUUAACGGUCUGUGUGCCAGGCUGCGUACGGCCCGCACAUGGAACCAUGAGGUGGGCCUGUUCACACUGCGCCUCCUCUUCCUGCUCUCUGCCCUGCGUCCUGAUGUUAGAGGGGUUUUGAGGAUAGAGAAGCAUGCAGUGAAACUACUGACUGAGGUCCUGGAGCACACGCUGGAUGUGCACUGGGUCGGCCUCUAUGAGGCUGCUCCUCCAGAUCCGCAGGCCCUGCCCAUAUCUGCGGAGGACAACCAGCGAGCAAUGGAGGCACUGAAGGCCUUGUUCAACCUCACUUUGUGUGACGCCGGUGAGGAGGAUGAUCACCAAUUGCGGCUAAUCACUGCCAUCCUGCGUCAUCUGUUGAUGCUGAGGACUGAGACAGAGGAGAAAACAGAGGAAGCACACAGCCAUGCUGUCAACUUGCUGAACAACCUGCCCGUGUCCUGCCUGGAUGUGUUAAUCGACGUGCCUGUCCAGGGUGGACUUGAGAAAUAUGGUGGGAAAAACAUGGAUGCAGUCCAGAUGUUACUGGAUUUCAUGGAGAAAAGGAUCGACAAGCAGGGCUCCAACUACAAAGAGGGGCUCACUCCGGUGCUCAGCCUUAUGACUGAAGGAUCCAGACACCACAGAGAGAUCCGCAGAUAUAUCAAAGCUCAGGUACUUCCACCACUGAAAGAUGUGAAAAUCAGGCCAGAGAUUGGCACCACCGUCAGAAACAAGUUGGUUCGCCUUAUGACUCAUGUCGACAUGGGUGUGAAGCAGAUGGCAGCAGAGUUUCUCUUCGUGCUCUGCAAAGAGAGCGUGGACAACCUGCUGAAGUACACAGGAUAUGGAAAUGCAGCAGGACUCCUGGUGGCUCGAGGACUUCUUGGAGGAGGGAGAGGAGAGACUCAGUACUCCGAAGAUGAAGACUCGGACACAGAAGAAUACAAGUCUGCCAAACCCUUCAUCAACCCCAUCACUGGUCACGUGGAGGAGCCAAUGCCGAACCCCAUCGAGGAGAUGACGGAGGAGCAGAAGGAGUACGAGGCCCAGAAACUGGUCAAUAUGUUUGACAAGCUGUCAAGGCAGAACCUAAUUCGUCCCAUGGGCGUCAGGCCGGACGGGACGUUAGCACCUCUUGAAGAAACGCUCUGUGACCCAUCUGAAGGCAACUCAGGAUCAGACUCUGAUUAGUGCUCUGCACAUCCGAGGCCACAUUUCCAGACUAAGCCCACAAGGCCCCCACACUUCUAAAGCUGCGUCCCAUUUCAAGGGCUUGGAUCUUUCGAAGGAUUGUACCCAUGACGGUGGGUCCUUCAGAGAAGCUAAAAGCUGAAUUUCUAAAAGAGAAAGUCUAAAAGUCACAGAAACAAAGUAUAGAGCAGUCAUAAAAUAGAAAGGUCAGAUGCUGGAUCAGAAAACCUUUCAUUUAAAGUUGCAAUCAGACAAAACACCAGCCUAUUGCAAUGUUUUCAGUUGAGACAAACAAACGAUCCUGAUGAUCGAGCCCUGAAGUGGGACACAGCUCAACAUUUCACAGGAGACUUGAGGGGCCACGUUGCUGCCAUAAGCACUUCUUUAAAGCCGAAGUGGACUUGAUGCGCGAUGCACCAUGAAGCAUCGGAGGCCUCCGUGGUUACUGUUCCACCAUCACCCCUUACUUUCCUGCUCCCUGAGUUGAGAUGAUAAAGGUAAUAUCAUACAUUUUGCUGGAUCUUGUGUUUCUCAUUGAAAACACGGUUAUCAUGGUUUAUUAAGUGUAAUUGGAUCUAAAUCAACAUUCCUCCACAUGUGCUUCUUGUUUCUCACUUUGUCUCUUUAUUUUUUCUGCUACAUGUUCUGUCCACUGUUUAUAUAUCGAGAUAAUUCAAGUGCACAUAAUACAUCACACAUUACACAUGAAAUUAAGAUCACGGAGCCUGUCCGGCCUGGUCCAGAGGAUUGAUGUAUAUUUAGAGAUCAUGCAGAGUCGGUGUGGAUAGUUUGAACUCGCAGCUCACAGUGAGUCUUCAUUAGUUUGGGUAAUUAUAAUGAAUGUUGCACAUCAGUUAGUUGCCAAGGAAACUUUCUGAAUUCAGGGCUUGUUGGCGGAAGGUGUUCUUGGAAUAUAUGAAUUCAAUUGUUGACAGAAGUAAACCAUUUUUUUUUUCAAAGAAAUUCUUUUCUAAUCUACAUUUCUCUUGCCAAAUCUGCAUCUUGUUAAAUUAGUUUGUGUAAUGUGAUUUGUUUUCUAUAUUGAAAUAUUUGCUAAUUUUAUAAAAAAAAUCCAGUUUAGUCUAUAUUUAAACUGAAUUUCUUUUUGUUUGUACACUUUUUGAUUAAAAAAAAAAAAAAAGUGCCACUUCUCUAGUCAGCUGCAUAUAAGUAGACACAACAGAUUUGGUCUCUGAACUAAAAUCAUAGGUUCUUUGUGGUUAAAGGAAAAAAAAUAAUGUGCUUAUUACAAUCCAGAGAAACUGAAUAUUGCUUUAACCAGAGAACAUGUUUCAUUAUCCCAGAAUGUGGUGACAGCUCAGUUGUUAACUCAUGAGCACACUUUUCACCUGACCUGUGAAUCACCACUACUGUCUCCUCACAUAAAAAUAAUGUGACAAAUUAAAAGGAAAACCAGCUAUAAGUGUCUUAGGAAGGUUUUGGGAGUUUUCUGAGCAGCUUCAAUGUCUGCAAAAGAUAAAAGUUGCACAAUUUGAAUUGUUAUAAACCAUCCAUUGACCAUUUGUUUUGUUGUUUCCCUUUAAUUUGUCAUUUGUGGAUCAGUUUCUUCUCUCACACAUGUAAAUGCCUGGUUUUUCCUGCACAAUCAUUGUGGGAUUCAUUAAAACUGCAUGAUGAUCACAUUCUGCAAAGAUUAUGUUACUAGAAUUCUUUUUGUUUUUGCACUUACAAACUGUAAACAGCACCACUUUUGUUUUACGUAGUCAGUCAUCCACUGAAAAGUUAAUAAAUUGGAGAAUAAGUUAAA